UUGGAAAAAGUUACCCUGAGCCAUAAACUGUCCUAUGCCCUUUAUUCAGCUUGUACAUUCUUAGUGCUAAUUGGCUAUCUCAAUGUAAAAAUGUGUCUCUUUUUGCAGCUGUUACUCAGCAGCUGUAAACCACUGCAAAUGGGCACCUCUGUUUGUUCUGGAGAUUUUUAAGUAUCUCAGGUGGUGCAAAGUAAAUCAGUAAAGCAAACUGUCCAGGAUAGAGUUACUUUUCUUUUUAGUAGCUGGUACAGUGCUGUAUUUUGGAUUUAAUAUGAGAAUAAUGUUGACCAACACACUGAGGUUUUGGUUGGUUUUAAGUUGUUCUUACUCCAAAUCAAGGAUGUUUCUGUUGCCAGUGCUCUGCCAAUGAAGAGGUGCACAAGAAGCUGGAGGGGAACAUGGCCAGGACAGCUGACCCAAACUGUCCAAAAGGAUAUUUCAUACCAUAGAACAUCAUGCCCAGUAUAUAAAUGGGGAAGGAGUUGGCCAUGAGGUUCCAGUGGCUGCAGGGGGACAGGCUGGAUAUUGGUCAGCGAGUGGCAUAUUUAUUGUUAAGAACAAAUUAAGAACUAUUGAAGACAUUAACAGGUACUGAAGAACAGUCUCUGUCACUGACUAGUGCAAACCUGCGGAGGAGUAAAAAGAUUUCUACUGCAUGCCUUGGACACAUGCCCCUAAUCCACUUACGAGCUUCCCUUGACCUACACUUCUUUUCCUAACGCUGAUCUGACUAUGGCUGUUCUCAAAGUAAAAUUCACCAAAACUAAGAGGGACAAACUGGCCCAGAUCUUAUGGAUACUCAACUGGGUUUCUGUAGUGAGCGGGAUCAUUCUCUUCAGUCUCGGCCUCUUUCUGAAAAUAGAGAUCAAGAAGCGCAAAGAAGUGAUGGCAAAAGGGGACAUUAACUCCGUCCCCAACAUGCUGAUCUCUGUGGGGGUCAUAGCAUGUAUCAUCAACUUUCUGGGUGGAAAAAUCUGCUAUGACUGCUCAGACGCCAACAAGUUCUCUCGAUGGAAACUUGUUAUGCUGCCAUACAUCGUAUGUACCUUCUGUUUUACCUUCUGCAUCCUGGUGGGUGCUCUCAUGUGCUACACCAUGAGGAACGAGCUGGAAGAGUCUCUCUACCUGGGACUGAGGGAUGCUAUUAAGUUCUAUAAAGACACGGACAUACCUGGACGAUGUUUCUUGAAGAAAACAGUGGAUUUGUUACAAAUUGGAUUCCAUUGCUGUGGAAACAAUGGCUUUAGAGACUGGUUUGAAAUUCAGUGGGUAUCUCCUCGUUAUCUGAAUAUGGCUUCUAAAGAGGUUCAAGACCGUCUAAAGAGCAACGUUGACGGGAGGUUCCUGGUGGAUGGAGUACCCUUCAGCUGCUGCAACCCCAGCUCCCCACGGCCCUGCAUCCAGUACCAGCUGACCAACAACAGUGCUCACUACAACUAUGACUUUCUGACAGAGGAGCUCAAUAUCUGGGUGAAGGGGUGCCGAGAGGCCCUGCUGGAUUACUACACCAGUAUUAUGAGAUCCAUUGGCAUUGCAGCUUUGCUUAUUUGGUUGUUUGAGCUCUCUGUACUUAUUGGUGUUCGGUACCUACAAACAGCCAUGAAGAACGUCCUUCUGCUCGGAGAUCUGGAGGGAGAAUCAGAUGGUUGGUUACUAGAAAAUAGUUUUGUGGAAACUGCCAAAUACAACAUCAGUAUCAUUAAGAACCUCGGCAAAGCCAACCAGAUCUCCACCGUAUCGGGCAUGAAUGACCCUAACAUUAAUGUUCAAAACACAGACUGUGGCAAAACCAAUCUUACAACAAAAUCUAUCCCUGCAGCUAGGUAGGCAAGUCUUCAAAAGAAUGACAUCACAAGUGUAGCUUUGCUGUAUUACAUUCCUACAGUUACCAGAUUUUUCACUGGUGGGGUAAAAAAGGAAAAAAAAAUGAAGACAAUUGAACAAACCACAGACUGGUGACAGCUCCAAAAAUGCUGAUACUUCUUUGGAUGGAUGCAUUUUUACUUGAGAAAUCCCUGAUUUUCAACACUGCACAGAACUUUUGGAAUUUUUCCCACUUUCUCUCCUUUAUCUACAGAAUUCUAUCAUGGUCUGAACAUGCCAGAGUAAUCGCUAUGCACAAGCAAAUGUUCCAGAGAGGAUGGGUCUACAUCUACUAACAUACAGAUUAGUCUACUAUGUACCAAAGUGUGUCGUUAUUGUCACUACACCUACAGAAAUCCCAGCAACUGGGAAAUCCCAAAAGAAAUCAUUACACUUGAUAAAAAGAUCCUUUACAAAAAAGACAAAAACUGAAAUGAAAGCUCUGUUAGUCCAAGGUAGGAGAGUUACUUUUAGCUGAAAUGUACCUAUGCAGCCCUUCUAACAGAACCUACUAGCAAGGCGAAACUGAAGGCAAGGAAAGUUACCCUAAUGUAUUUAAUUUAUUUUUCCCAAAUAUUCUGAAGUAUGUUUUCAUUUUUCCCCCUCCAUAGUCUAGGGAAAGCCAGCUGCCACACCUCCCUGAAAGUCAAAAGGUACUGCUGAAAGGAGUUCUCUGCUUAAGAAAACUGACAGCUCCUGCAAGGAUAUUUGAAAUUCCAAGUAGCAUGUGAUAGCCCCAGUUUAAAAAAACAAGUAUAUACCUCCCCUAAAACAAGCACUGAUGAUCCUAGAUGCUUACAGGCUCCUCAUUUCAAAGGUACUUAACACAUUGAUCCAGGGGCAGGAAGAUAGGGGACUAUGUGAAAUCAAUGAAGGCUUGGGAACUUUGUCAAUGCAUGGAGUGAAAGCCUUCAAUGCCCAAGACAGUUGUAGUUACAGGAUGCCCUAUGACAUUAAUUCAUCAUUAGUAGUAAGCAGGAAAAACGUAUCGAUACAAAAUAGAGGUUAAAAGACCAAAUAAAGUAUUUUACUUGUUACUGCUGUGACUGCAUUCUUUGUGAAUAACCAAGUAAAAGAAGUUAUACCACUGGGAUAUUCAAAGCAGAACUAUUCCUGCUUUUGAAAUUGUGCAGAAGUAAAAAUUCCUUUACUCAACAACUGCUGUAUUUUGUAACACUAGAAAAAGCAAGGAUAAUACUUUAAGAAUAUAUUGUAAGUAAAUUGUGCGAUGUAAUAAUCUGGAGUGUAAUUCAAGCAGGCUGUGUGCAUGACCAUAAUUUCAAAUGCAACUGCUUCACUGCUUAACAUUUUAGGUCUACACUUAAAUGUGUUAAAACUCCUUCAAAUAACUAGGUUUGUACGCUGAGACUACCUUCUACAAGAGCUGUUAACUCUUCCCUUUGCAAUCACUUUGCCCAGUGUGGAAUUAAAACUCAACUGGUGCAUAAUUCCUUCAGCCACUUCUGGGAGUCAAAAAUACUU